AUGGCCUCUGUCAGCGCCAAGAUCUUCCGCACCGCCAACGCCCCGACGGGUGCGCCGUCUGAGAUUGAGACGACCGUUGCUCAGGCUCUGCUUGACCUCGAGGCCAACGUGCCCGAGCUCAAGGCCGAGCUGCGGCCGCUGCAGUUCAGCGCCGCGCGCGAGGUCGACGUGAAGGGCGGCAAGAAGGCCAUUGUGGUCUUCGUGCCCGUGCCGCAGCUGAAGGCUUACCACAAGAUCCAGCAGCGGCUCACGCGCGAGCUCGAGAAGAAGUUCUCGGACCGCCACGUGCUGUUCAUCGCCCAGCGCCGCAUCCUCGGCAAGCCGAGCCGCCGCUCGCGCGUGCAGCAGCCGCGCCCGCGCUCGCGCACCCUCACGGCCGUGCACGACUCGAUUCUCGAGGACCUCGUGUUCCCCACCGAGAUCACCGGCAAGCGCGUGCGCGUCGCCACCGACGGCAGCAAGCUCGUCAAGUGCUUCCUUGACUCCAAGGACGCCACGAGCCUCGAGUACAAGCUCGACAGCUUCUCGUCCGUGUACCGCAAGCUCACGGGCAAGGACGUCACGUUCAUGUUCAAGGACGCCGACGGAAUCUAAUCGCGCUCUUCCGUCAUUCAUUCCGUUGUUCCGCUCGCCUUUCAUUGCCCAUGAUCCCGGGCGCACACGUGCUCGCCUCGAGGGCCGUGUGCAGCCUCUGGCGCGCCGUGCGUCGCUAUGCCAAGCCACUCCACGCACACCACACACACACACAUCUCUCCCACCACAUCCCUCUGUACACAAAACCCUCGCAGCACUGAGAGGGGGCCUUGAUGCCGAAUACGCAGUCACUCGCAGAUCCGGACGUCGUGCUGAUCUAUGGUUGCGCCGGAUACGGGAC